AUGGCCGAGACAGUCGAGAUUCCAACGCCUGCGGGCUUGCCUCUGUUGGGGAACAUCAAAUCAAUUGACCCUGAGUUCCCAUUGGGAUCUAUGGUGUCGCUUGCUGAGCAGCAUGGCGAGAUCUACCGUUUGAAAUUCCCUGGCCGAACUGUCGUCAUCGUCUCUACACAAGCUCUGGUCAACGAGACGUGCAACGAGAAGCGGUUCAAGAAGUGUGUCAAUUCGGCACUUACUGAAAUUAGAGAAGGAGUUCACGAUGGACUAUUUACUGCGAAACUCGGGGAGGAGAACUGGGGCAUCGCUCACAGAGUGUUGAUGCCAGCGUUUGGCCCAUUGUCGAUCCAGCGCAUGUUUGACGAAAUGCACGACAUUGCCUCCCAACUGGCUCUCAAGUGGGCGCGAUACGGACCUGAUUCUCCCAUCAUGGUGACGGAUGACUUUACUCGCCUAACUCUGGACACUCUGGCCUUGUGUUCCAUGGGCUACAGAUUCAACAGCUACUACUCUCCAGUCCUGCACCCGUUUAUCGAGGCGAUGGGCGAUUUCCUCACAGAGGCUGGAGAAAAGCCUCGACGGCUGCCUCUACCCGGAAUCGUCUACCGCGAGCGCGACCGGAAGUACCAACAGGAUAUCGAAACCAUGAGAAGUACCGCCAAGGAGGUUCUCGACGCUCGAAAAGCAGGUGGAAGCACGCGGAAGGACCUUUUGACAGCAAUGCUUGAGGGCGUGGACACGAAAACCGGCAAGAAGAUGACCGACGAGAGUAUCAUGGACAACUUGAUCACCUUCCUGAUUGCAGGACACGAAACCACUUCCGGGCUGCUUUCUUUCGCUUUCUAUCAGCUUCUCACACAUCCCGAUGCCUACCAGCUUGCUCAGAAAGAGGUGGAUCAAGUGGUCGGCAAAGGGCCUAUCCAAGUUGGACACCUCUCCAAGCUCCCUUAUCUGAACGGUGUUCUCAGAGAAACACUUCGUAUCAACGCCACGAUUCCUCUCUUCACUGUUGAGGCUUUUGAAGACACUCUGCUUGGAGGCAAGUAUCCUGUCAAGGCUGGAGAGACGAUUCUGAACCUCCUCGCCAAAUCACAACUCGACCCCAAGGUGUUCGGCGACGAUGCAAACGAGUUCAAACCAGAACGCAUGUUUGACGAAAACUUUGCCAGGCUGAACAAGGAAUUCCCAAACUCGUGGAAGCCCUUUGGCAAUGGCAUGCGAGCCUGCAUCGGAAGGCCAUUUGCCUGGCAGGAAGCUCUGCUCGUCAUGGUUAUGCUCUUACAGAACUUCAACUUUGUUCUUGAUCCUAGCUACGAGCUUGGCUUCAAGCAGACGUUGACUAUUAAGCCCAAGGACAUGCACAUGCGGGCGAUCCUAAGAGAUAACCUUACACCGACGACUCUUGAACGCCGUCUGGCUGGUUUGCCUGUCUCCGAAACGAAAGAGGCAAAUGGGGUGAAUGGCAACUCUUCUGAUGCUAAAGACGGUGUCCCUAUGACGGUCUUGUAUGGAUCUAAUAGUGGAACAUGCGAGUCUUUGGCGCAGAGAGUCGCAACCGACGCCGCAGAGCACGGGUUCCACGUCACCAAAAUUGACUGUCUUGACACGGCGAAUGGAAAUCUGCCUUCGGACCAACCUGUUGUCAUCAUCACCGCAUCAUACGAGGGCCAGCCUCCUGAUAAUGCUGGACAUUUCGUUGCGUGGGUUGAGAAGGCUGACCAAGAGUCCAAGCCACUCAAGGAUGUCUCAUAUGCCGUCUUUGGCUGUGGUCACAAGGAUUGGGUGCAGACCUUCCACCGCAUUCCCAAGCUUGUGGACCGUACUCUUGAGCAGCUUGGUGCUACUCGGCUUGUCGACAUUGGCCUUACUGAUGCAUCUGAGAACAUGGUCUUCAGUGACUUUGAGGCAUGGGAGGAUAACAUCAUGUGGCCUGCUCUUGAGGCACGUUACAACGCCGAGUCUAAGAAGAGUUCUGCAGAAAAGGGAUUGAGCGUCAAGAGCUCUAACUUUAGGACUCUUACCCUCCGCCAAGAUGUCAAGGAGGCCACGGUUGUCGAAACCAAGACCCUCACGAGCAGCACCGAUGUUAAGUCCAAGAAGAAGCACAUUGAGGUGCAAUUACCCGAAGGCACGCAGUACACGGCGGGAGACUACCUUGCCGUUCUGCCCAUUAAUCCACAGGAAGUUGUUCGUCGGGCAUUGAGGAGGUUCAAGCUUCCAAUGGAUGCUCAUCUUGAGAUUUCGAGCAGUACGCCGACAGUACUCCCCACGGACACGUCUGUGUCAGCCCUGGAUGUGUUGAGCUCCUACGUUGAGCUUUCGCAGCCGGCCACAAAGAGGAACCUUCUUGCCAUUGCCGAAGCUGCACCUGAUGAAGCGACCAAAGCUGCUCUAACCUCCCUGUCCGAGGAAAGAUACGUUGAGGAGGUCGGGAACAAGCGUGUGUCGGUUCUAGAAAUCCUGGAACGGUAUCCCUCAGUUGAUCUACCUAUCGGAGACUUUUUGCAGAUGCUGCCAUCCAUCCGGAUCCGUCAAUACUCGAUCUCCUCAUCUCCACUGUGGAACCAGUCUCGCGCGACAAUCACCUUCUCCGUGCUCAAGGGGCCAGCUUUAUCAGGCCAAGGCACAUAUAACGGUGUUGCAACUUCUUAUCUCGACUCUCUGGCUGAUGGCGACACCCUACAAGUUGCCAUCCGGUCAUCGCCUGCUGCUUUCAGCUUGCCGUCAAACCCAGAACAGACCCCGAUAAUCUGCAUUGCGGCUGGAUCAGGACUUGCACCGUUCAGGGGUUUCAUCCAGCAACGAGCCAUCAUGAUCGAAUCAGGUCGCAAGCUUGCGCCAAGUCUGCUCUUCUUUGGGUGCCGCGCUCCUGAUCAAGAUGAUCUUUACCGUGACGAGUUCGACGACUGGCAGAAGCUCGGUGCAGUAGAUGUGCGACGAGCGUACAGUCGACACGGAGACGGGUGCAAAUAUGUCCACCACCGCAUCUGGCAGGACAAGGAAGAGUUUAUUGAACUCUGGGAGAAGGGUGCUACCGUGUAUGUGUGUGGUUCCAGGGCUAUGGCUGAUUCAGUAAGAGAGGUUAUGAUUAAGGUGAGGUCUGAGAUGGAGAAGAGAUCUGGGGGCGAAAUGAGCGUUGAGGAGGCGAAGAAGUGGUUUGAUGAGCAAAGGAAUGUGCGAUAUGUAAUGGACGUCUUUGAUUAG